CGUAAAAUCCAUGCCCAUGAAGUGAUAAAACCCUGACUUCAUUUGCCUUUGCAUUUAUCCAUCCAUCCAAUCUUAUAUUUGAGAAGUUGAAGUGUGUUUCAUCCAUUAUCACCAUCCGAAUGGCUCUUUCUUUAGCGAUUAACCUUCCUCCUCCUCUUCGCGACAACCUGCUGCGACUCCAACCUCUCGCUCCGCAAUUUCAAUUCAAAUUUCCGAUACCCUCCGCCCGAAUUCGAUGUUCAUCUUCUUUCAACCACAUUUCCCUCAAAAUGGUUAGGGUCACCCCCAACAACAACCCUUUAGUUUGUCACUUUCAUACUGCCCAGUUCGGAGGAGUGAGAAGAAGAAUGAUUCGACGGUUAUGGUGUGUACAAAGUCAGAGUGCGUCUUCUUCAUUGUUCUCUUCCACUUCCACCACCAUUACCAACAACACUAAGAAGUCAAUUGUUCUCUUGGGAGCACCUCAGGUCUCCACAAUAGUCCUGGAUGCACUACUCACAGCUUCUGCUUUGCCACAUUCUUCCUUUGAGGUUGCGGCUAUUGUGACUCAACCUGCCGCUAGAAGGGACAGGGGGAAAAAGCUUAUGCUCUCUCCCUUGGCGAACUAUGCUCUUGACAGGGGCUUCUCUUCUCAUCUUAUUUUCACUCCUCAACGUGCUGGAGACGAUACGUUCUUGUCAGAUUUAAAAGCUUUGCAACCCCAGCUAUGCAUAACGGCAGCUUAUGGCAAUAUAUUACCCACCAAGUUUUUAGAUAUUCCCUCUGCAGGAACAGUCAAUAUUCACCCUAGCCUUUUGCCAAUCUAUCGUGGUGCUGCUCCUGUUCAAAGAGCAUUGCAGGAUGGUGUUAAACAAACCGGAGUAUCGUUAGCAUUCACUGUUCGUGCACUCGAUGCUGGACCUAUCAUUGCUACUGAAACAAUUGAAGUUGAUGAUCAUAUUAAGGCACCUGAUUUGCUUGAGCUCCUGUUUCAUAAAGGAUCUAAACUUCUGAUUGCAGAACUUCCAUCUAUAUUUGAUGGAUCGGCAAGAGUGAAGGCACAACCCCAAGAUGAUUCUAAGGCUACGUUGGCACCAAAGUUUUGCUACUUUAUGCAGAUAGGUCCAGAUGAAUCAUGGCUAUUCUUUGAUCAAGAAGCACCUGUUCUCCAUAAUAAGGUUCGUGCAUUUUCAGGGUGGCCAGGAACUCGAGCAAAGAUUCAAGCAGUUGACAAAGAUGGUCAGAAGAAAACAUUAGAGAUUAAAAUCAUAACCACACGAGUUUGCUCUCAUGAGAAUGAGCACUUCAAUGAAGCAGAUGAUAUUGCAUUUGUCAAUGGUGCAUUGGUGUUUCCAUGUGGAAGGGGCACCUCACUUGAGGUUUUGGAAGUUCAGCUUCCAGGAAAAAAUGUGGUCAAAGCAGCUGCUUUCUGGAAUGGGCUGCGGGGACAGAAGCUGAAGAAAUUAUGAGCAGUGGUUUGUCAAAUGGAAAAUCGUAUUUUAAAUUAUCCUUCGGCUGUUUUUGCAAUCGAUUCUUUUUUGUUUACAUUUGAUUCAAGUUUUUAUUUUCUUUAGUAUUUUUAUUAUUUUCAAAUUGGAGAAGAGGAAUUUUUUGAUAAUCAAAGUGGCAUCGAUAACUAAUUUAUCACGGUAUCUGAAAAAUUUUGAAUUCGAUA